GAUUCAAGACCAAAGCUGGAAGUUUCCCAUUCAUCCCUGACAACAGCUGCUCAGACCAAUAGUUUGCCUCGUCUCAUGAAACAGGUGGGGAGUGGCCCACGGCCGAGAAUCGCUGCUCACCUGACAGCAUCACCAAGUCGUGAAAAAGAGAACGUAAUUUGGCAGAAUGAGAGUGAUUCCACCUUCACCGAGGGAGUGGAGUUCAGGGACAACUGUUUCAUCAUCAAGAGGCCCGGACAGUACUUUGUCUACACUCAGGUGGUCUUCCACAGCAUGGGCUGUCAGCAACGGGCCAUCUACCUCAGCCACGAACUCGCCAAGCUGUCACCAAGUUAUCCUGAGGAAACCAUUCUACUGAAAACUGCCAAAUCCAGCUGCCACUCUCGCCAACGCAGGGAGCCCUGGUAUAAAACCUCCUACCAGGGAGCCAUCUUUGAGUUUAUUGAGGGAGAUCAAAUCUUCUCCAGGGUUAAUGAGGAUGCAACGGGAUAUGUAGACACAACCGAAGGAAAGAGUUUCUUUGGAAUAUUUGCUGUGUAACAAUCCCAAGUCAUUUCCAUUGAUCAUCAAUGAGUGAUCAAGAAUUUCAAUUGAAAUUCAGUGCAAACUGACAAAGGCACAUUGUCUUCUUGAAGAGCAUUAUACAGAAAUUGUACUCCGAAUCUGCUGAUUCUGUUUGAUAUGAAUGCAAAGCGUUACAGAUUCUUUAAUUUAUUUCAUAUUUAAAUUGUGUUUUCCAUUUCUAUGUUUAUUUAAAUUGGUACUCCUCACGGAGUCAUUCAACUAUCCCUGGAGGUAGGAACCAUGAACCUGGGUCUGAUAUUCAGACUGAUUAUUCCCUGAGACUAGAUACUGGCCCUUGGAGAGUAUAGAUUCAUUCCAAAGAAUCUCUGGUAUCUUUGUGUAAACAAAGCAAGAUGAUUGAGUCAGCUGCAGGCUGAUGAAGGCCAAAGCAGGUGCCCAGCAUUGCAAUGGCUUUCUAACUGCACAAUGUAAUUGGUCAAGACUUCAUUGGAGCUUACUUGUCUUGCAACUGUAAGGUCAACAUUGUAAUUAAAAUGGCAAAAGAAUAUUCAGCAAACACUAAGAAUUUGACUCAAUAAAUGUUGACUAUUCAUUGUAUGAAGGGACCAGUUGGUUUACUUCUGCUUAGCCAGUCGAUGUUGGAGUGCUCUGAAUUUGCUGCUCUGAACUAAGUGUAAUGGUUGAGAUUGUGUCUGAAUGGAACUGCCACUUUCCCUUUAUGUGUUGUACUCUCCUUUGGUCAUCCUUCAGACUGGGUAACACACAGUGAUCCCAGUGAUAAAUCUGAUUGGUCCUGCAUGCCGAAAGAUUUUCCAUGUCAACUGUGGGACGCUGAAAUUUAAUUGCAGUUCAUGGACCAAACCCUGUUUUAUGUAAAACUGUAACAUCUGUUAUAUAGGUGUCUUUCAGUGGCAAUAAUAUUGUCAAGUUUAAGAUGUUCCAGAUUGAUAUAAGUUGUUAUUUAAUUGUAUUUAUCAAUAGUUGUAUUUAUAUUAUUUAUGUUAAUAUUUAUGUCUAAAAAGAUAA